AUGGACGAUAAAGACGUAGAAAUAAUUGCAAACAGUGACGAGUUUAGUCCUUCCCAUUCGAAAAAGAGGCUGAGCGGCGUGGAAGGAAGACGCAAGGGUCUAUUUCCGUUUAAAAAGGUGGAAUCUGAAACCGAUUCCUCAUGGUUCGACAUAUUUGGCUUCGGAAAUUUUAAUGUUUUAAACACCAACUUGACCUAUGGACUAACCUUGGCGCUUCCGCAGUGCGAUUGCAAAAGGUUGACCUCGAGGCCGAUCACGUUCAACGUGGAGCAGGCAAUCAAGGAUAACCCAAGGUUCAAGUCAAUGCCAAAGCAAGUGAAGGGAGAGCGGUGUAAGAGAUUUAACCACUGGUGGCUCAAAUGCUGCCAAUCAGCAGUGCUAAAGAAACAGGGAAUAUACUGGAACGUAAUACAGCUGCUAGGAACUAGAGUUAAAAUUAACGACCAGGCAGUGAUGGUGUCAGAAAUAGUACUCGGAAAAAGAAUCACACUUGCAAUAGACUUGGAUAUAAAGAGGACGUACCCGUCGCUGAGAUUUUUUAAUAGAUACGGUAGGAGUAUGCUGAGGAGGAUAUUGCUGGCAUAUGCCUUCUUUGACACGGAAGUAGGAUACGUCCAGGGGCUUAAUUUCGUAGUGGCAAAUUUGCUAUGGCACUCUAGCGAGGAGCAGGCGUUCUGGGCCCUAAUAUCAAUGAUGUAUUUAUACGACAUGAGGUGCAUGUUUCUCCCGGGCUUGCCAGGGGUGUUUAAAAGGUGUGAAAUACUGGAGCACUGUAUGGUACGACACAUUCCGAGAUUACACGACCACCUGAAAUCCGUUGGAGUCCACAUACCCAUGAUCGCAUCAGAUUGGUUUAUGACACUGUGUGCAAAUUCAGUACCGAUAAGAGCACUGGUAACUGUAGUUAGGACUAAUGCACGGCUCUGGGAUAGCUUCUUCGCAGAAGGGUGGGUAGCAAUAUUUAGAUUCAUAAUAUUCCGUUUAAAGCAAUUCGAAGAGUACCUCGUGACAAUGAGUGACAUCGCAGACAUAAUGAAGGUGAUAAAGUACGGCAACGCAAGCUUGACAGAAAAGUGGAACCUGAUAGAGCUGAUACCAGGCUUCGGAGGAACAAAUCGAAGGAAGUCGCAGCUGAUCAACGCAGCAUACUCGACGAACGUGGAAAACCUGACGAAUGACCCGAACAAGCUGGAGAAGGACAGUGACUGGGUGGAGAUAGUGGAGGAGUCGCUGAGGUUCGACAUAGAGUCGAGCUUCAUAGAGACGCUGGAGCUGACGAACUCGGAAGUGAUGUACUUCGACGUGCAGCAUACUACUGGUAAUAUCUGUACCAGUACUGGUGCUACUAACGCUGUUACUGUUACUAAUACUGUUACUGUUACUAAUACUGUUACUGUUACUAAUUCUGUUACUAGUACUGGUAACAAUAACACUAGUACUACUGAUGCUAAUAGUGCGAGUACCGAUACUACUGUUACUAUUAAUACUGCUACUAGUAACAAUAAAACUGGUGAUACCAGCAUCAAUGCGGGUGAUGCCACGGCUGAAAACACGGGCGGAUCUCAAACUGCAGUCGACGACUGUGAAAAUAUGAUUGUGGACGAUAUAACGGGGCAAAAGAGCGUGGAAACGCCGAUAUUUGAGUCUUCCCUGAAAACGUUGAGAGAAAACUCACUGGACGAUAUAGCGAAUAGGCUGGAGCAACUGUCAGACUCGUUCAAAUCACAGCUGGAGGCGCUGGGAGUUUCAAAGGCGUACCACCUACACCUAAAGGCUCUGCACGAUGUGCUUUAA